GCCAAGAUGGAGGUUUGCUGAGUGAGACUAACAAGAUGACCAGUGUGAAUAUACAGCGAUAAACCCCACCAUUAACUUGGUAUGAGAAAGAUUGAAUCAAAAUGGAUUUAUUUGGAGAUGGUCCCUACAGAAAUCUGGACAGAAGGAAACUUCACCCACUACUGGAUCAGGAGGAAUAUGAAGUGACAGAUACAGACAAUGCGGUCAAGGUCCACACGGACAAGCCACAUCUGGUCAGUCUGGGGAGUGGACGACUCUCCACUGCGGUCACCAUACUGCCACUACAAGAGGGGAGGACAGAUAUUGGGACUUAUGAUUCACCCAGUGAGCCAGACAUUAUCAUAAAGGGAACUGGGGUAGAGCCGGAACACUGCUAUAUUGACAACAUCCACGGAGUAAUCACACUGUAUCCCCUCGCCAAGAUGUGUGCUGUGGAUGGGAUUUUAGUCACGGAGCCUACCAGGCUUCCCCAGGGUUGUAUGCUGUGUCUAGGUAGAUCUAAUUACUUCCGAUUUAACCACCCAAAGGAGGCUAAGAAGAUCAAAGAAGCCAUGCCAAACUGCAGAAUCUCAUGUGCCCCACUGGCUUUCCUUCAAGAAUUGGAGGAAAAUCCUGAGUACCUCAAAAUGAUAUCAGAUGCUGGGAAUACUGUCCAAAAGCGGUCCUCAUCGGGAUCUGACAAAAGUCGCAAAGGAUCAUCGUCAAGGUCUCCACAAGGAUCGUACAGCAAUCAGCAGGAGGAUGAGGAAUUCUUGAACAAAGUGUGCAAAUUUGAGAUGAUCUCAAGAGGCAAGACCUCACCCACAGCAAAAUCUCCUGUGAACAAAAGUUUCUCCCCAGAUGGAACUUACAGAUCUUAUGGACAAGUGAUCUCUGAACAUAACCAUGUAGGUCAUAUGGAACCACUGUCUCCAGUGGAAAUGAAUAGAGGACAUGUGCCCUCACCACUAGAAGGUAAACAGUAUGUGCCAAAAUCAAGUUAUCCAUAUGCAGGGGAAAAACUAUUCACCAAAGAAACUGCUACCACUCGUGUGUCUGCAGACAUUCUCAUGAAAGCUGGAAAUGUGCAAACAAUGCAAACAACAGAAAGAGUGACAAGCACAGGGAGUUCUAGCUCUAGCUCGCUGACCAGUGUAAGUAGUGCAGGGGGAGGCACUCUCAGCUGGAACUCUGAUUCGGGGAAAUCCUCACCUAGAACGAGUUUUGUGACACUCUCUUCCCAGAAUUCCACAGAACAAAAGAAACCCAUUAUAACUGUAUUGUCCCCCAAAGUGUUCAACUCCAAAGUUUCUUUAGAGACUGAUGCUGAGAAACUUGCAGAGAGUAUAAUGAAUGGAGAUCUGCUUGCAACAGCUUAUGAUAGUGCUGGAAGCAGUAACUCCUCAAGUAAGAGAAAUACGUUUGAAGGAAUGGACUUUGAUUUUAAUGAACUGACUGCCAGCCAGCAGGAUUUGUCAAUAAAACAUCGUGAAAUUGUGGCCGAACGUAAGAAAGAACAACAGGUAGAAAGGCAAGAGAAACAGAGACUGGAGGAGAUUCUUAGUAUGUGUGCAGAAUACGACAAACAGAUUUCAGAGGUUCAUCUUAAAGUAAAGACAACAGUCAAACAACAGACCACAAUUACUGCAGAUACAAAAAUUACUCCCAAAGUGCAACAAUUUCUGGACAAUAAUAUUCCAAAGUUUUCUGGUUCUCCCCAUCAAAAGGAAGCUCCUCCUGUUCACACAAAACCCAAAUCAUCUCCAAAGACUCCAAAAUCUGGGGAUUCCUAUGUUUUUGAUGGUUUUCCAGUUGAAAGGGCGGAACAAUAUGAUCUGCCUCAAAGAUUUGUUUCUGACUCCACAAAGUGUGAGAGUCCACUGAUUUCAUACCAGGAUGUCACACCCUCCAAAACACCAACACGGAACAAGAUAGUGAGUCCUAUCAUAAAAACAGAAGGACAUCAUUCAAGGUCUGUGAAAGGACAGAUUACAAGUACUCCAAAAACUGUCAACUUUAAAGAUGAAAGUCCCAGAGAGUCAAAGGAAAGUCCUAGACAGUCCAUAGAAAGUCCAAGGUAUACUCGAGAGAGGAAAGACUCAGAUUAUGAUAGUGCUGAUAUGAUUAUAGAACCUCCAAAAUUGGUGAAUGGAGAUGUUCCUUCACUUCAUGGAAAGAAUACCCAAAGUGCAAAAAAACCUUUGGAACAUCUCUCAGAAGUGUCUGGCAAACCUGCCUAUAAAACAGAAAGUGAAAGUAAAAGUGGAAAAACAGGUGUCAAUUUAUCAUUUAAACUAAAAGACGAUGAAUUUAACAAUGAGAGUUUGGCAUCACCUACACAUAGACCAAAUCAUUUACCGAGUUUUCAGGAUUUUAGUAUUGAAGUUCAUUCAUUGGAUAGAAAAGAAAAGUCUGAAUUUAGAAGUUCCAUGACAAAAAUAAAAACCAAUGGAUCAUUAACCAUGAUUUCAUCUCCCAGCAACACACACAAAGAAUUUGGCUUCCAGAUGCAAAGAGCAAGUUCCAACUCUUCCAAUUCUGAGGAAGAAUCUGCAAGCAAUUCAGAGGACACAGGUACAAUCAAACGUCGACCAGGACAAUUACAGGAGUUUCAAGUUCGCAGAAAUGGUCCUGGGUCAUCCAGUGAGGUCAAGGACAAAGACAACUUGAGCCCAGAUGAUCCUCCCACACCAAGUUUCCGUCCUGCAAUGGGGAGCAGGAGUCCAAAACUCACACGUAAACUGAUGCAUGUUGAGGAUUCUGGAGAGAAGGGUAACGAAAACACAAAUUCAUAUCAGGUCCGAAGAGAGGAAGGAAGUGUCAAGGUUGUGAAUAUUGACAUUGAGAGUAAAAGUCCCACUGCUGUGUCAAAGAGUAAAGAAGAACAAGAUUCUAUACAUGUCAGCUGGCUGGAAUCACAAAGGAGAAAAGUUGAAAAUGGAUUUUACAAUGCUAAAGACUCAAAUAAAAGUGAUGCAUUUUCAUUACCUCAGAAUGGUCUAUCGGGAAAGUCAUCAGAUUCCAGCAGUGAUACUAGUACCAUUGUGUUGGAUCAGAAAAAAGGAAUUUAUGAAAAUAUACCAGCUAGGUCACCGAAGCCUUUCCCGAAUUUUAAAGUGGAAUUGAAACAUGGAAUGAAAUUGCAAUCUUUUUUUGAUGGUGAUAGUUCAGUUGUGAAUGGAUUACCAAGAUCAAGGAAUUCCUCAGGUUCUGGAGGAGGGAGAAAGUCAGAUGAUGUGGAAAGUCUGGUGUCAAACAGCAGUGAGGGAGAGGUCAAAGGGUCAGUGAGAGGUCAUCGAAGGUCAGGAGAUUCAUCUAGUCGAAGGAGCUCAGGACACCACAGGGAUUCGGAAUCUUACCAGCAGCUGGAUCGUAUGAAGAAGGACAAAGUGGAACUGGUAUCUAAAAUCACCUUCCUCAAGCAACAGAUAGAAGAAAUCGAAAAACUGGAGAAUGAAGCCAUCCGAGAGCUGGAAAUGGAGAAAGCUCUGUUGGAUGGAGAGAAGGAGACAGAGAUGGAGGAACUGCAGAGAGACCAGGAGCGGAUCAAUGUUCUAAAGGAGCGGCACCGAGAAGUGGUGGAGAGGGCCGCUAGGGAGAGGCAAAAGCAGCGAAUUAGAACUUCCAGCAGAUUACGUAAAGAACUGCAGCAAAUGGAGAAACAGAAAGAGUUAAUACAAAAGCUGGAGGAGGAGCAACAGGAAACGGAGCAGAGGCUGGAGGCAUGCUCCAAGGACGAGGAAGAGGAACUACUGGAGAAGCAUCAACAGCAGACAGACAGCAUAGAGCAUAGACAGAAGAUUUUUGAUGAUCUAGAAUUCAAACAACUUGAGUCUGAGGCAAAAUACGAAGAAGAAAAGGAGCAAAUACAGAGAAAACUGAUGAAAGAGCAGCAAGAUUUACUGGAGAAAUACAGGUCAAGGGAGGAUCGUUUAGUGGAAAUAGAUGGCCAACAAAAGGAAAUGUUGACUGGAGUCAGAAAAGACAUGCAAUCCAUGGAGCAAAAAAGGCAGCAAUUGGUGGAAGAGUUCCGGAAGGAAAAAGUAGAAUUAUCACAUUUGGUGAAGAAAAUUCAAGAAAUUUCCAAAAUGCUGGCUAUUCCUGUUAGUGAUGACAAUAGAGACUCAUUUCUAGCAGAAUUACAGGAGGGAAAGCACUCAUCCAGAGACAGUUACAAUGAACCCAUACAAGGUCAGGGAGAUAAGGAGGGUUCAGUCCCCCUCCCCACAUCAAGUCCAACAAUGACCUGGAUAGCAUCCUCAGAGAAAGGUGAGCGCAAGAAAUCAGCCACCAUGUUGGAGAUCGAGCGUAACCACUCACUGUUCCUCGAGCUUCAAGGUGGUCAUGUGAUCGAGCAAGAGAAGAAGCGUAUAGAGGAAUUGAAGCGUAGGGCAGCAGAUGAGGGCCGGGCUCAGUGGGAGGAGAGAAAACUUAGAGAGGCAAACUGUAAGAGCUUCAACUCACUCGAAUCCGAGGAUAGCAGUGUGGCCAGCAGCUGUGAGACUCCAUCUGAGAAAGAAACAAGCUUGAGCAGUGGGGAAGACCAAUUAGAGAAGAUGAUAGAGUUGGAGAGGCUCCUUGCCCAAGCCCAGUCUGAGAAAAUGAGGAUAAUUGCAGAUCAGGUUAAAACUAGAGAGACCGAAAUGAUGGCUCUCCAGGAGGAAAGACACAAGAGAGAGGAACUGGAGAGGAAACUUCAGGAGGAAACCCAGCUCCGGGAGGAACUGGUCCAACAGCAGAUCAAACUACGAGAUAAACAGGCUAAGCAGGCCCGACCCCUAACAAGAUAUCUACCAGUCAGAGGUAAAGAAUUUGACCUUAAGAACCAUAUAGAGUCUGCAGGUCAUCACCUUGAUGACUGUCCUCACGUGGUAGUCACUUCCACAAGCUGCAGGGGGUGGCUACAUAAAAUGGGAAACAAAUUCAAAACGUGGCAUAGACGAUGGUUUGUGUUUGACAGAAAUAAGAGGUCUCUAAUAUACUAUACAGACAAAAAUGAGGCCAAACCAAGAGGGGGGAUUUAUUUCCAAGCUAUAGAGGAAGUGUAUGUUGACCAUUUAAGAACAGUUAAAAGUCCAAAUCAUAAGUUAACUUUUUGUGUGAAAACUUGUGAUAGAACCUAUUAUAUGGUGGCCCCCACCCCUGAGGCCAUGAGGAUAUGGAUUGAUGUGAUAUUCACUGGAGCAGAAGGAUACCAGCAAUUCUUAUGAUAGAGAACUAGCUUAAUAAUUGUUAAUAAAUACUGUGAUUGGAUUGGUAAAAAUAAAGGGGGAAAGCUUUUCUUAGGAAGGAGAAAGAUAAGUUUGAAUGACGUGGACAUGAUUACACUAACAGAAAUUUGCACUGUUGCAGAGUCCGACUAGAUUGUGGAUGAGAAGUUUUAUUGUGGAACUUAGCUCUAGAAGAAUUAGAAAGGGCAUGUACCCCUGAAAUAAGUGUAAUACAAGUCUGUCAUGGAAUGUGUGAUGACAAAGUGUUUGUCUAGGUAAUUGAUGACUGAGAUCUGCAAUGCUUAGGGUUGCUGCAGCACCGAUAACUUCUUGAAGGAAACACUUAAAUAGUUAGAUUUUUGCCAUGAUAUUCUCUGUCUUCACUAUGUGCAAGAUGGUGCAGAAAAGUACAGAAUGAAAAUGAACUUUGUUGUAUUUUCACUAUGGCAUUGUUCCUAUAAAGUUAAAAUAAUUUUGUUUUUGUAUUCUACAGUUUACAAGGUCAUUAUGGUUAAAGUUUAGAGAUUUUUUGCAGACUGAUUAGUAAAAACAUUUCUUGAAUGUUUAUUGAUUCAUGUAUAAAUAUUAAGAACAGAAAUCUAACUCUCCUGUAGGUAGCUAUUUUUUUUAAUCAGGUACUACAUUUUAUGUUUCUGAUGUUAGUGAUGAAUUGCUAUUUAUAUACAUUUGCUGAAAUGUACCUGAAGAUGAACGAGAUAUUCUAGACAUUUUUUCCACAGAAACCCAUAGGUUAAAUGUGUUUAUAGUGCUAUUUGUAAUUAUGAAAGUAAUUGAAUUUGUUCCUCAUAAAACACCCUCCACAGUUCAUUUGUCAAAUAUGAAGAUUUAAAACAAGGCAGAUUUAGAAUCUAUUGAUAGGGAGAUUAUUCAAAUCACAGAAGACCAAUGUUGUAUAUUUAAAAAAAAAAUCAAUUUUUCAUUUUUAUAUGGUACAUCUUUAUAUCAUUGGCCUCUCUCUCUCUCUUGAUUGGUAUAUGUAUGUUUUCUGUAGCACAGGCUUGCUCUUCCAUCCAUCUUGCCCAAAGUAUUUGUUACCAUAACAACAGUCAGGGUGAUGUAUGUUGCAUGGUGUUUGUUACAUGUAUAAUUGUUGUGGAAUUGACAUGGUCAAGAUCUUUGUUACAAUUUGCUGAUAUUUAUGAAUGAAUGAUACUAUAAUAAAACAUAAAAAUCUUAAA